AGAAAUUACCUAAGGAAUGAAACCCAGAAAAUGAAACCAGAAAAUGAAGCUCCUCUGGAAGCUCGGUGAUCCUUCCUUUCAACCACCGUUGUUGCCCCCUUUCUUCUCCAGUAAAUCCCCUUCUAUUGCUUUCAAAAACUCAGACGAAACUCCCCAAGUGCAGAGCCGCAGGAUUGGGGAUGAGGCCCGGUGUGCAGGGAGGCAGGGGCGUGGAGUGCUGAUGAUGGCUCGGGCGUGCAGGGGCAUCAUUGCCGGCAGUGGGGGCGUAGAGUGUAGGAGGCGCGGCAGAGUGCAGGCUGGGGUGCAGCAGGGCAAGCAGUGGCGCAGCAGGGCGCAGCAGCAAGGGCACAGGCAUAGCAGAGUGCAGGCAAUCUGGUGCAGAGCAAGGGGAUCUUGUGCAGAGCGCAGGAACUGGUGCAGAGCAAGGCUGGUGCAGGAAGAAAGGCUGGGUGCAGGAGCUAGGGGGCGCGGUAGAGUGCAGGCUGGGGUGCAGCAGGGCAACAGAGGGGGAAUCUGGGCGCAGAGGCGAAGGGAUCUGGUGCAGGGGAAGGCUGGCGCGGUGCAGAAGGGAGAGGAAGCUGAUUCGGUGCAGAGGAGGGCUGGCGCGGUAGGGGCAUGAUGGCUCGGGCCUAGGCGGUUGCAAGCGGCAAGGGGCUGGUUCGGGAGAGAGAAAAGUUUAAGAAAAAAUGGAAGAAGAAGGGGAAGGUUCGAGGUGCCUUCCCCACCCUUUUUUUUUUUUUUUUUUUUUCUAUUUUUAUGGUUAUUUGGGUUUUGGGUUUGGGUAAUUGUGGGUUUGGUUUUGGUGGGUUUUGGUUUUUGGGUAAUUGGGCUUGAGUUUGGGUUUUGGGUUUGGGUUUUUGGGUUUAACUUUGCAUUUCACCCCUCUAACUUUCAAUU